AUGCUCACUGAAUAUGAAGCUAUCUAUCAAUCGAUCUCUUAUUUAAUCAACUCAUCUAUUUAUCUCUCCAUUAUCUAUCUAUCUAUCUAUCUAUCUAUCUAUCUAUCUAUCUAUCUAUCUAUCUAUAUAUAUAUAUAUAUAUAUAUAUAUAUAUAUCGGUCUUUUAAUAUCUAUGUUUAUCUAUCUCGGUCUUUUCAUAUCUAUCUAUCUCGGUAUUUUCAUAUCUAUCUAUCUAUCUAUCUAUCUAUCUAUCUAUCUAUCUAUCUAUCUAUCUAUCUAUCUCGAGGUCUCGGUCUUUUCGUAUAUUUUCUCUAUCUGUCUAUCCAUCUAUCUCAAUCUGUUCACAUCUAUCUAUCUAUCUAUCUAUCUAUCUAUCUAUCUAUCUAUCUAAGUCUCAUAUUCAUAAAUACCCCGGUUGUUUGUAUCUCUUCUUCUUCUUCUUCUUCUUCUUCUUCUUCUUCUUCUUCUUCUUCUUCUUCUUUCUAUCUAUCUAUCUAUCUAUCUAUCUAUCUAUCUAUCUAUCUAAGAUCUGUCAUCAUUCCUCCUUCUCUCUCUCUCUCAGUCUCUCUCUCUCUCUAUCUCUCUCUCUCUAUCUCUCUUUCUCUCUCACACACACUCUUAUUUUGUUUUUUUCUGUUUCUCUUCAUAAUUAUGCCUAUAUGUCUGUCUCUCUUUUUACAGACGUCUUAUAUGCCCGUCUCUCCUUUUACCAACGUUUAUAUGUCCGUCUCUCCUUUUACCAACGUUUAUAUGACUGUUACAAUUGUUACUUCUAUUCUCUCCUUUUUUUGUUACGCCUAUACGUCUGUCUCUCCUUUUACUUGGACCUAUAUGUCCGUCUCUCUUUUUAUUUACGCAAAUAAGUCAAUCUUUCUUUUCUCAUGUGCCUGUAUGUCUGGUUUUGCUUUUACUAACGUCUAUAUACCUGUCUUUCCUUUUACUAGCGGUUAUAUGUCCGUCUUUCGUUUUUACCCAUGCCUGUCACACGUUUUACUUACUCUUACGUCAUUUACUUUUCAUAUACGCCUGUAUGUCGGUCUCUCUUUUUAUUUACGCCUGUGUUUGUCUCUCUUUUCAGUUACGCAAAUAUGCAUGUCUCUCUUUUCAUUUAUUCCUAUAUGCUUGUCUCUCUUUUCAUUUAAGCCUAUAUACCUGUCUCUCUUUUCAUUUACACUUAUAUGCCUGUUUCUCUUCAUUUACGCCUAUAUGUCUGUCUCUCUUUUCAUUCAAACCUAUAUGCCUGUCUCUCUUUGCAGUUACGUCUAUAUGUCUGUCUCUCUUGAUUUACACUUAUAUGUCUGCCUCUCUUCAUUUACGCCUAUAUGUCGUUUUUUUUUCUUUUACGUCUUUAUGUCUGUCUCUCUUUUCAUUUACACCUAUAUGUCUGUCUCUCUUCAUUUACGCCUAUAUGUCUGUCUCUCUUUUCAUUUACGCCUGUAUGACUGUCUCUCUUUUCAUUUACGCAUAUACGUCUGUCUCUGUUUUCAUUCAAACCAAUAUGCCGGUCUCUCUUUUCAAUGUCUGUUUUUUUUUCUUUUACGUCUUUAUGUCUGUCUCUCUUUUCAUUUAAGCCUACAUGUCUGUCUUUCUUUUCAUUCAAACCUAUAUGCCUGUCUCUCUUCUUUUACGUUUAUAUGUCUGUCCCUCUUUUCAUUUAUGCUUUUCUCUUUUUCAUUUUUCGCCUAUAUGCCUGUCUCUAUUUAUACUUACGCCUGUAUGUCUUUCUCUUCUUUUUCCGAUAACCUCUUUUUCUCUUCCCUAUCUAUCUGUUCAUCUUCUGACACAUUCAGCCGAUACGACUUUGCUUCUUUUACUUUUCGUUCUUUCUUUUAUUCUUUCUUUUUUUUCGCUUCUUUUACUUUCUUUCUUUCUUUCUUUUCUUUUCUUUUUAUAUGGCUUCUUUUACUUUUUCGUUCUUUCUUUUAUUCUUUCUUUUUCUCUUAUGGCUUCUUUUACUUUUUCGUUCUUUCUUUCAUUCUUUCUUUUUCUCUUAUGGCUUCUUUUACUUUUUCGUUCUUUCUUUUCAUUCUUUCUUUUUCUCUCAUGGCUUCUUUUACUUUUUCGUUCUUUCUUUCAUUCUUUCUUUUUCUCUUAUGGCUUCUUUUACUUUUUUUUCUUUCUUUCAUUCUUUCUUUUUCUUAUUUCUUUUACUUUUUUUUCUUUCUUUUCUUUCUUUCUUUUUUUCUCUCUCUGGCUUCUUUUACUUUUUCGUUCUUUCUUUCAUUCUUUCUUUUUCUCUUAUGGCUUCUUUUACUUUUUCGUUCUUUCUUUCAUUCUUUCUUUUUCUCUUAUGGCUUCUUUUACUUUUUCGUUCUUUCUUUUAUUCUUUCUUUUUCUCUCAUGGCUUCUUUUACUUUUUCGUUCUUUCUUUCAUUUCUUUUUUCUCUUAUAGCUUCUUUUUACUUUUCGUUCUUUCUUUCAUUCUUUCUUUUUCUCUUAUGGCUUCUUUUACUUUUUCGUUCUUUCUUUUAUUCUUUCUUUUUCUCUCAUGGCUUCUUUUACUUUUUCGUUCUUUCUUUCAUUCUUUCUUUUUCUCUUAUGGCUUCUUUUACUUUUUCGUUCUUUCUUUUAUUCUUUCUUUUUUUCUUAUGGCUUCUUUUUACUUUUUCGUUCUUUCUUUUAUUCUUUUCUUUUUUUCUUUCUUUCUUUUCUUUUUCUUUUCGUUCUUUUUUUCUUUUCUUUCUUUUUUUUUCUUUCUUCUUUUUUUUUCGUUUCUUUCUUUUCUUUCUUUUUUUUUUCUCUGCUUUUUUACUUUUCGUUCUUUCUUUCAUUCUUUCUUUUUUUUUUUUUUUCUUUUACUUUUCGUUCUUUCUUUUUCUUUUUUUUUUUUUGGCUUCUUUUCUUUUUCAUUUCUUUCUUUCAUUCUUUCUUUUCUCUUGGCUUCUUUUUACUUUUCGUUUUUUCUUUCAUUCUUUUUUUUUCUCUUAUGUUUUCUUUUACUUUUCGUUCUUUCUUUCAUUUCUUUCUUUUUUCUCUUAUAGCUUCUUUUACUUUUUCGUUCUUUCUUUUCAUUCUUUCUUUUUCUCUUACUUUUCGUUCUUUCUUUUUUACUUUUUCGUUUUUUCUUUCAUUUUUCUUCUUUACUUUUUCGUUUCUUUCUUUUUCUUUCUUUUUCUCUCUUGGCUUCUUUUACUUUUCGUUCUUUCUUUCAUUCUUUCUUUUUUCUCUUAUGGCUUCUUUUACUUUUUCGUUCUUUCUUUAUUCUUUCUUUUUUCUUAUAGCUUCUUUUCUUUUUCGUUCUUUCUUUCAUUUCUUUCUUUUUUCUCUUAUUUCUUUUACUUUUUCGUUCUUUCUUUUCAUUCUUUCUUUUUCUCUCUAUGGCUUCUUUUUUAUUUUUUUCGUUCUUUCUUUCAUUCUUUCUUUUUUUCUCUUAUAGCUUCUUUUACUUUUCGUUCUUUCUUUUAUUCUUUCUUUUUCUUUCUUUUUACUUUUCGUUCUUUCUUUUUUCUUUCUUUUUCUCUUAUGUUUUCUUUUACUUUUCCUUCUUUCUUUUUUUCUCUCAUGGCUUCUUUUUUUUGCUUCUUUUACUUUUUUCUUUUUCUUUCAGUUUCUUUUCUUUUUCUCUUUUUUAUUCUUUCUUUUUUCUUUUUCAUUUUCUUUCUUUCAUUCUUUCUUUUUUUCUUAUGGCUUCUUUUACUUUUCGUUCUUUCUUUUAUUCUUUCUUUUUCUCUUAUGCUUCUUUUACUUUUUUCUUUCUUUUUCUUUCUUUUUUCUUUCUUUUUUUUUUCGUUUUUCUUUUAUUCUUUUUUUCUUUUUUCUUUCAUUCUUUUUUUUUCUCUCAUGGCUUCUUUUACUUUUUUCUUUUCUUUUAUUCUUUCUUUUUUCUCUUUAGCUUCUUUUCUUUUCGUUCUUUCUUUCAUUCUUUCUUUUCUCGUUUCUUUUACUUUUUCGUUCUUUCUUUUUUUCUUUCUUUUUCUCUCAUGGCUUCUUUUACUUUUUCGUUCUUUCUUUUAUUCUUUUUUUUCUCUUAUUUCUUUUUCUUUUCGUUCUUUCUUUUUCUUUUUUUUUCUCUUAGCUUUCUUUUACUUUUCGUUCUUUCUUUCAUUCUUUUUCUCUUUGGCUUCUUUUACUUUUUUUUUUUUUCAUUCUUUCUUUUUUCUCUUGGCUUCUUUUACUUUUCGUUCUUUUUUUCAUUCUUUCUUUUUCUUAGCUUCUUUUACUUUUUCAUUUCUUUCUUUCAUUCUUUCUUUUUUCUCUCAUAGCUUCUUUUUACUUUUUUUCGUUCUUUCUUUCAUUCUUUCUUUUUCUCUUAUGGCUUCUUUUACUUUUUCGUUCUUUCUUUUAUUCUUUCUUUUUCUCUUAUGGCUUCUUUUACUUUUUUUCUUUUCUUUUAUUCUUUCUUUUUUUUCUCUCAUUCUUUCUUUUCUCUUUUUUCUUUCUUUUUCUUUUUUCUUUCUUUUCUCUUAUAGCUUCUUUUACUUUUUCGUUCUUUCUUUCAUUCUUUCUUUUUCUCUUAUCUUCUUUUACUUUUUCGUUCUUCUUUCAUUCUUUCUUUUUUCUCUCAUAGCUUCUUUUACUUUUCAUUCUUUCUUUCAUUUUUUUUCUCUUCUUAGCUUCUUUUACUUUUUCGUUCUUUCUUUUAUUCUUUCUUUUUCUCUUAUGGCUUCUUUUACUUUUUCGUUCUUUUUUCAUUCUUUCUUUUUUUCUCUUAUAGCUUCUUUUACUUUUUUCGUUUUUUUUUUUCAUUCUUUCUUUUUUUUUCUUUUUUCAGCUUCUUUUACUCUUUUUUCUUUCUUUCGUUCUUUUUUCUUUUUUCUCUUAUGGCUUCUUUUACUUUUCGUUCUUUUCUUUAUUCUUUCUUUUUCUCUUAUGGCUUUUUUUUCUUUUCGUUCUUUCUUUUAUUCUUUUUUUUUACUUCUUUUACUUUUUCUUUUUUUUAUUCUUUCUUUUUUCUCUCAUAGCUUCUUUUACUUUUUCGUUCUUUCUUUCAUUCUUUUUUUUUUCUCUCAUAGCUUCUUUUUUUUUUUUCUUUUUUCAUUCUUUUCUUUUUUUUUUCUUUUUUCUUUUUUUAUUCUUUCUUUUCUUUUUCUUCUUUUACUUUUCGUUCUUUCUUUUUUUCUUUCUUUUUUUCUUAUGGCUUCUUUUACUUUUUCGUUCUUUUCUUUUAUUCUUUCUUUUUUUCUCCUUCUUUUUACUUUUUCGUUCUUUCUUUCAUUUCUUUCUUUUCUUGGCUUCUUUCUCUUUUGUUUCUUUUCUUUUAUUCUUUCUUUUUUCUUUCUUCUUUCAUUUUUUCUUUUUUCAUUCUUUUUUUCUCUUGGCUUCUUUUACUUUUUCGUUCUUUCUUUUAUUCUUUUCUUUUUCUCUUAUGGUUUUCUUUUACUUUUUUUGUUCUUUCUUUCAUUCUUUCUUUUCUCUCAUAGCUUCUUUUCUUUUUUUUCUUUCUUUUUCUUUCUUUUUUCUUUCUUUUCAUUCUUUCUUUUUUCUUUUUUUUUUAGCUUCUUUCUUUUCUUUCUUUUUCAUUCUUUCUUUUUUCUUUUCUUUUUUUUUCUUUUUUUUUUUCUUUUUUUUCUCUUAGCUUCUUUUACUUUUUUUCGUUUCUUUCUUUCAUUCUUUAUUUUUUUUUCUCAUUUGGCUUCUUUUACUUUUUUCAUUCUUUCUUUCAUUCUUUUUUUUUUCUCUUAUGGCUUCUUUUACUUUUUCGUUCUUUCUUCUUUCUUUUUUUCUCUUAUAGCUUCUUUUACUUUUUUCUUUCAUUCUUUCUUUUUUCUCUUAUGGGUUCUUUCUUUUAUUCUUUUUUUUUCUCUUAUGUUUUCUUUUAUUUUUUUUCUUUCUUUCAUUCUUUCUUUUUCUCUGCUUCUUUACUUUUUCGUUCUUUUUUUCAUUCUUUCUUUUCUCUUCUUCUUUUUACUUUUCGUUCUUUCUUUUUUCUUUCUUUUCUCUUUCUUCUUUUACUUUUUCAUUCUUUCUUUCAUCUUCCUUUUUUCUUUCUUUUACUUUUUUCAUUCUUUCAUUUUUCUUUUUUUCUCUUUAGCUUCUUUUACUUUUUUCGUUCUUUCUUUCAUUCUUUUUCUUUUUUCUCUUAUGGCUUCUUUUACUUUUUCGUUCUUUCUUUUAUUCUUUCUUUUUCUCUCAUGGCUUCUUUUACUUUUUCGUUCUUUCUUUCAUUCUUUCUUUUUUCUCUUCUUCUUUUACUUUUUUCGUUUCUUUCUUUUAUUCUUUUUCUUUUUCUCUCAUGGCUUCUUUUACUUUUUCGUUCUUUCUUUCAUUCUUUCUUUUUUUUCUCUUAUAGCUUCUUUUACUUUUUUCGUUCUUUCUUUUCAUUCUUUCUUUUUCUCUUAUGGCUUCUUUUACUUUUCGUUUCUUUCUUUCAUUCUUUCUUUUUUUUCUCUCAUAGCUUUCUUUUACUUUUUCCUUCUUUUUACUUUUUCGUUCUUUCUUUCAUUCUUUCUUUUUUCUCUUAUAGUUUUCUUUUACUUUUUCGUUCUUUCUUUUCAUUCUUUCUUUUUUUCUCUUAUAGCUUCUUUUACUUUUUCGUUCUUUCUUUCAUUCUUUUUUUUUUCUCUCUUAGCUUCUUUUUUACUUUUUCCUUCUACUUUUCUUUUCUUUCUUUUCUUUCUUUUCUUUUUCUCUCAUAGCUUCUUUUACUUUCUUUUUUCGUUCUUUUUCUUUUCAUUCUUUCAUUUUUUUUUCUCUUUAGCUUUUUCUUUUACUUUUUUCUUUCUUUUUCUUUCAUUCUUUUCUUUUUUUCUCUUUAUAGCUUCUUUUACUUUUUUCUUCUUUCUUUUAUUCUUUCUUUUUUCUCGCUUCUUUUUCUUUUUUUUCUUUUUUUUAUUCUUUCUUUUUUCUCUCUUGGCUUCUUUUUACUUUUUCCUUCUUUUUUACUUUUCGUUCUUUCUUUCAUUUCUUUCUUUUUCUCUUAUGGCUUCUUUUACUUUUUCGUUCUUUCUUUUUCAUUCUUUCUUUUUCUCUUAUAGCUUCUUUUACUUUUUCGUUCUUUCUUUCAUUCUUUCUUUUUUCUCUUAUAGCUUCUUUUUACUUUUUCGUUCUUUCUUUUAUUCUUUCUUUUCUCUUAUGGCUUCUUUUACUUUUUUUCGUUCUUUCUUUUAUUCUUUCUUUUCUCUUGUUCUUUCUUUUACUUUUUUCGUUUCUUUCUUUCAUUCUUUCUUUUUUUUCUCUUAUAGCUUCUUUUACUUUUUCGUUCUUUCUUUUAUUCUUUCUUUUUUCUCUCAUGGCUUCUUUUACUUUUCGUUCUUUCUUUCUUUCUUUCUUUUUUCUCCUUCUUUUUACUUUUUCGUUCUUUCUUUCAUUCUUUCUUUUUCUCUCAUGGUUUCUUUUACUUUUCGUUCUUUUUUUCAUUCUUUCUUUUUCUCUUUUUUCUUUUACUUUUUCGUUCUUUCUUUCAUUUUUUCUUUUUUCUCUUUCUUUCUUUUCUUUUCUUUUUUUCUUUUUUUUUCUUCUUUUUCUUUUUUUUCUUUUUCUUUCUUUCUUUCAUUUCUUUUUUCUCUUAGCUUCUUUUACUUUUUCGUUCUUUCUUUUAUUCUUUCUUUUUUUCUUCAUGGCUUCUUUUACUUUUUCGUUCUUUUCUUUUUUCUUCUUUUUUUCUUUCAUUCUUUUUCUUUUUUUCUUUCUUUCAUUCUUUCUUUUUCUUUUUUUCUCUUUUACUUUUUCUUUUUUUUUUUUUUCAUUUCAUUCUUUCUUUUUCUCUUUCUUUUGGCUUUCUUUUACUUUUCGUUCUUUUCUUUUAUUCUUUAUUCUUUUUUUCUCUUAUGGCUUCUUUUUACUUUUUCGUUCUUUCUUUCAUUCUUUCUUUUUUCUCUUAUGGCUUCUUUUACUUUUCGUUCUUUCUUUUAUUCUUUCUUUUUCUCUCAUGGCUUCUUUUACUUUUUUUUCUUUCUUUCUUUCUUUCUUUCUUUUCUCUCAUGGCUUCUUUUACUUUUCGUUCUUUUCUUUCAUUCUUUCUUUUUUCUCUUCUUGCUUCUUUUACUUUUUCGUUCUUUCUUUAUUUUUCUUUUUUUCUUCUUUUCUUUCUUUUCUUUCUUUUUCUUUUUCUCUCAUGGCUUCUUUUUACUUUUUCGUUCUUUCUUUUUAUUCUUUCUUUUUUCUCUUAUAGCUUCUUUUACUUUUUCGUUCUUUCUUUCAUUCUUUCUUUUUCUCUUAUGGUUUCUUUUACUUUUUCGUUCUUUUCUUUUAUUCUUUCUUUUUCUCUUAUGGCUUCUUUUACUUUUUCGUUCUUUCUUUCAUUCUUUCUUUUUCUCUUAUGGCUUCUUUUACUUUUUCGUUCUUUCUUUCAUUCUUUCUUUUUCUCUUAUGGCUUCUUUUACUUUUUCGUUCUUUCUUUCAUUCUUUCUUUUUCUCUUAUGGCUUCUUUUACUUUUUUUCUUUCUUUUCUUUUAUUCUUUUUUUUUUUCUCUUAUGGCUUCUUUUACUUUUUCGUUCUUUCUUUCAUUCUUUCUUUUUUCUCUCAUAGCUUCUUUUACUUUUCGUUUUUCAUUCUUUUCUUUUUUUUUUUCUUUUCUUUUUCUUUCUUUCCUUUAUUCUUUCUUUUUUUCUUUUUCUUUUUCUUUUUUUCUUUCUUUUUAUUCUUUCUUUUUCUCUCAUAGCUUCUUUUUACUUUUCGUUCUUUCUUUUCAUUCUUUCUUUUUUUCUCUUAUGCUUCUUUUACUUUUUCGUUCUUUCUUUCAUUCUUUUCUUUUUCUCUUAUGGCUUCUUUUUACUUUUCGUUCUUUCUUUCAUUCUUUCUUUUUCUCUCUUAUAGCUUCUUUUACUUUUUCGUUCUUUCUUUCAUUCUUUCUUUUUUCUCUUAUAGCUUCUUUUACUUUUCUUCUUUUACUUUUAUUCUUUCUUUUCUUCUUUCUUUUUUUUUUUUCUUUUUUUUCGCUUCUUUUUCUUUCUUUUUUCAUUUUUCUUUUUUCUCUUAAGCUUCUUUUACUUUUUUUCGUUCUUUCUUUCUUUUCUUUCUUUUUUCUCUCUUACUUCUUUUUACUUUUUCUUUCUUUCUUUCUUUUUCUCUUUUUUCUUUUUCUUUUUCGUUCUUUCUUUUUUUUCUUUUUUUCGUUCUUUAUUUUUUCAUUCUUUUUUUUUUUCUUUCUUUUUUCUUCUUCUUUUACUUUUUCUUUCUUUCUUUCAUUCUUUCUUUUUUCUCUUAUGGCUUCUUUUACUUUUUCGUUCUUUCUUUCUUUUCUUUUCUUUUUCUCUUAUGGCUUCUUUUUACUUUUUUUUUUCUUUCUUUUUCAUUCUUUCUUUUUCUCUUUAGGUUCUUUUUUUUUUUCAAAUUUCUUUCUUUUCAUUCUUUCUUUUUCUCUUAUGGCUUCUUUUUACUUUUUUUUUCUUUCUUUUAUUCUUUCUUUUUUCUCUUAUGGCUUCUUUUACUUUUUCGUUCUUUCUUUCAUUCUUUCUUUUUUCUCUUAUGGCUUCUUUUACUUUUUUCGUUCUUUCUUUUAUUCUUUCUUUUUUCUCUUAGCUUCUUUUACUUUUUCUUUCUACUUUUCAUUCUUUCUUUUUCUCUCAUGGCUUCUUUCUUUUUUCUUUCUUUCAUUCUUUCUUUUUUCUUUUCGUUCUUUUGCUUUUCGUUCUUUUAUUUUAUUCUUUUUUCUCUUAUGGCUUCUUUUUUUAUUUCUUUUUUAUUCUUUUUUUCUCAUGGCUUCUUUUACUUUUUUUUCUUUCUUUCUUUUUUUUCUUUUUCUCAUGGCUUCUUUUUACUUUUGUUCUUUUCUUUUAUUCUUUUUUUUUUCUCUUUUUUUCUUUUUUCUUUUGGCUUUUUCUUUUUUACUUUUUCUUUCUUUUUCUUUUGAUUUCUUUUACUUUUCUUUUUCUUUCAUUCUUUCUUUUUCUCUUUGGCUUCUUUUACUUUUCGUUCUUUCUUUCAUUCUUUCUUUUUCUCUCAUGGCUUCUUUUACUUUUUCGUUCUUUCUUUUCAUUCUUUUUUUUUUCUCUUAUGGCUUCUUUUUGCUUUUUUUUCUUUCUUUUAUUUUUUCUUUUUUUUUAUUCUUUUACUUUUUCGUUUUCUUUUUUCUUUCUUUUUUCUCUUAUGGCUUCUUUUACUUUUUCGUUCUUUCUUUCAUUCUUUCUUUUUUUCUUAUGGCUUCUUUUACUUUUUUCGUUCUUUCUUUCAUUCUUUUUUUUUUCUCUUAUUUUUUCUUUUUUUUUCGUUCUUUUUCUUUCAUUCUUUUUCUUUUUCUCUUAUGGCUUCUUUUACUUUUUCGUUCUUUCUUUUCAUUCUUUCUUUUUUUGGCUUCUUUUUCUUUUCGUUCUUUCUUUUAUUCUUUCUUUUUCUUUAGCUUCUUUUCUUUUUUUUUUUCUUUUAUUCUUUCUUUUUUCUCUUAUGGCUUCUUUUACUUUUUUUCUUUCUUUUUUUUCUUUCUUUUUUCUAGCUUUUUCUCUUUUCGUUCUUUUCUUUUUCUUUUUUCGUUCUUUUCUUUUUUCUUCUUUUAUUCUUUCUUUUUUCUUCUUCUUGGCUUCUUUUACUUUUUUCGUUCUUUCUUUCAUUCUUUCUUUUUUUCUUUUAAUUCUUUCUUUUUCUUUUUCGUUCUUUUUCUUUUUCCUUCUUUUCUUUCUUUUUUUCUUCUCAUGGCUUCUUUUUACUUUUUCGUUCUUUCUUUUUUCUUUCUUUUUCUUUAUUCUUUCUUUUUUUUUUUCUCAUUCUUUUCUUUUCUCUUUUUUUUUCUUUCUUUCUUUCUUUCUUUCUUUUUUUUCUCUUAUGCUUCUUUUACUUUUUUCGUUCUUUCUUUCAUUCUUUCUUUUUUCUCUUUGCUUUUCGUUCUCUUCUUUUACUUUUUUCUUUCUUUUCAUUCUUUCUUUUUUCUCUCUCUUCUUUUACUUUUCGUUCUUUCUUUUCAUUCUUUCUUUUUCUCUUUCUUUCUUUUUUUUCUUUUUCUUUUAUUCUUUUUUUUCUCUUGGCUUCUUUUACUUUUCCUUCUUUUUUUUUCGUUCUUUCUUUCAUUCUUUCUUUUUUCUCUUGGCUUCUUUUACUUUUUUCGUUUCUUUCUUUUUAUUCUUUCUUUUUCUCUCAUAGCUUCUUUUACUUUUUCGUUUCUUUCUUUUCAUUUCUUUCUUUUUUUUUUUUCUUUUACUUUUUUCGUUCUUUCUUUCAUUCUUUCUUUUUCUCUUAUGGUUUCUUUUUGCUUUUUCUUUUCUUUUCUUUCUUUCUUUCAUUCUUUCUUUUUUUUUCUCUUUCUUUUUUUUUUCUUUUUUCUCCUCAUGGCUUUCUUUCUUUCAUUCUUUCUUUUUUCUCUUUUGGCUUCUUCUUUUACUUUUCGUUCUUUCUUUCAUUCUUUCUUUUUCUCUUAUUGGCUUCUUUUUUUCUUUUUUCGUUCUUUUUCUUUCAUUCUUUUCUUUUUUUCUCUUUCUUGGCUUCUUUUUUACUUUUCGUUCUUUCUUUUUCAUUCUUUCUUUUCUCUCUUUUUCUUCUUUUACUUUUACUUUUCGUUUUUUCUUUUAUUCUUUCUUUUUUUCUUCUUUCUUUUUUUUUCUCUUUUUGGCUUCUUUUUUUUUUUACUUUUUUUUCGUUCUUUCUUUCAUUCUUUCUUUUUCUCUUAUGGCUUCUUUUACUUUUCGUUCUUUCUUUUCAUUCUUUUUCUUUUCUCUUAUGGCUUUUUUUUUUACUUUUUUCUUUUCUUUCUUUCAUUCUUUCUUUUUUCUCUUAUGGCUUCUUUUUCUUUUUUACUUUUUCUUUCAUUCUUUCUUUUUUCUUAUUCUUUCUUUUUCUCUCAUGGCUUCUUUUACUUUUUCGUUCUUUCUUUCAUUCUUUCUUUUUCUCUCAUGGCUUCUUUUACUUUUUCGUUCUUUCUUUCAUUCUUUCUUUUUCUCUUAUGGCUUCUUUUACUUUUUCGUUCUUUCUUUUAUUCUUUCUUUUUCUCUCAUGGCUUCUUUUACUUUUUCGUUCUUUCUUUUAUUCUUUCUUUUUCUCUCAUGGCUUCUUUUACUUUUUCGUUCUUUCUUUCAUUCUUUCUUUUUUCUCUUAUAAGCUUCUUUUUACUUUUUUCGUUCUUUCUUUCAUUCUUUCUUUUUUCUCUUAUGGCUUCUUUUUUACUUUUUUUCGUUCUUUCUUUUUAUUCUUUCUUUUUUUCUCUCAUGGCUUCUUUUUACUUUUUCGUUCUUUCUUUUUCAUUCUUUCUUUUUCUCUUAUGGCUUCUUUUUUUUUUUUCGUUCUUUCUUUCAUUCUUUCUUUUUUUCUCUUAUGGCUUCUUUUACUUUUUCGUUCUUUUCUUUCAUUCUUUCUUUUUAUUCUUUCUUUUUUCUCUUUCGGCUUUCUUUUACUUUUUCGUUCUUUCUUUUAUUCUUUCUUUUUCUCUUAUGGUUUCUUUUACUUUUUCGUUCUUUCCUUUAUUCUUUCUUUUUUUCUUAUGGCUUCUUUUGCUUUUUCGUUCUUUCUUUUAUUCUUUCUUUUUCUCUUAUGGCUUCUUUUACUUUUUCGUUCUUUCUUUCAUUCUUUCUUUUUUUCUCUUUGGUUUUUUUUCUUUUUUUCUUUCUUUUUAUUUUUCUUUUAUUUUUUUCUUUAGCUUCUUUUGCUUUUCUUUCUUUCUUUUAUUCUUUCUUUUUCUCUUAUGGCUUCUUUUACUUUUCGUUUCUUUCUUUCAUUCUUUCUUUUUUUUUUCGCUUCUUUUCUUUUUUUCUUUCUUUUUUAUUCUUUCUUUUUUCUCUUAUAGCUUCUUUUACUUUUCGUUCUUUCUUUCUUUCUUUUUUUUUUCUCUUAUGGCUUCUUUUACUUUUUUCAUUUCUUUCUUUUUAUUUCUUUCUUUUUUCGUUUUUUUUUUUUCAUUCUUUCUUUUUUCUUUUUUUUUCUCUUAUGGCUUCUUUUACUUUUCGUUCUUUCUUUCAUUCUUUCUUUUUCUCUCUCAUGGCUUUUCUUUUACUUUUUUCGUUCUUUCUUUCAUUCUUUCUUUUUUUCUCUCAUGGCUUCUUUUACUUUUUCGUUCUUUCUUUCAUUCUUUCUUUUUCUCUUAUGGCUUCUUUUACUUUUCGUUUCUUUCUUUCAUUUUUCUUUUUUUCAUAGCUUUUUUACUUUUCGUUCUUUCUUUUUCUUUCUUUUUUCUUUUUCUUUUCUUUUUCUUUCUUUCUUUUAUUCUUUCUUUUUCUCUUAUGGCUUCUUUUUUACUUUUUUUCGUUCUUUCUUUUUCAUUCUUUCUUUUUCUCUUAUGGUUUCUUUUACUUUUUCGUUCUUUCUUUUUUCUUUCUUUUUUUUCUUUAUGGCUUCUUUUACUUUUUUUUCUUUCUUUUAUUCUUUCUUUUCUCUUAUGGUUUUUUUUUACUUUUUCGUUCUUUCUUUCAUUCUUUUUUCUUUUUUCUCUUAUGGCUUUUCGUUUUUUUAUUCUUUUUUUUUCUUUGCUUUUUUUUCUUUUAUUUUUUCUUUUUUUUUCGCUUCUUUUUCUUUUUUUCUUUCUUUAUUCUUUCUUUUUUCUCUUAUGGCUUUUUUUACUUUUCGUUCUUUCAUUUUUAUUCUUUUUCUUUUUUCUUAUGGCUUCUUUUGCUUUUUCGUUCUUUUCUUUUUAUUCUUUCUUUUUUCUCUCAUUUUUUCUUUUACUUUUCGUUCUUUCUUUCAUUCUUUCUUUUUUCUCUUAUGGUUUCUUUUACUUUUUUUCGUUCUUUCUUUAUUUCUUUCUUUUUCUCUUAUGGUUUCUUUUACUUUUUCGUUCUUUCUUUCAUUUCUUUCUUUUUCUCUUAUAG